AUGACUCUUUCUGACGCCAUUUACAACACCAUCAUCAAGCCAGACCACGAGGAGACCUCUGUUCCUGCCAAGGCUCCUUCUCUUAAGGGGACUGUGGUGGAUAGAUUUCUUUUGAACGGUAAAGUCACAGUUAUCACUGGAGCUGCUGGCUCCAUUGGUGGAGCUAUUGCUGAGGGUUUUGCCCAGGCUGGUUCUCAUGUGGUGAUUAUGGAUUACAAGCACGAUCCUAGUCUCGAUGCUCACUUGAGAGACACUUACGGAAUCAAGGCUCAGUCUUACCAGGUUGACGUGACCAAGUACGAGGCCGUUGAAGAGGUGGUCAACCAGAUCAAGGAGGAUUUCGGCACCAUCGACGUGUUUAUCGCCAAUGCCGGUGUUGCUUGGCAAACAGGCUCUAUCCUCAAUGACGAGUCCACGCUUGAUUCCUGGAAAAAGGUGUUUGACGUCAACGUUCACGGUGUUUUCAACUGUGCCAAGACGGUCGGCAAGAUCUUCAAAGAAAAGGGCCAGGGCUCCUUCAUCAUGACCGCCUCGAUGAGCGGACACGUUGUGAACGUUCCAAACUACCAGACCGGCUACAAUGCCUCCAAGGCUGCUGUGGUGCAGAUGGCCAAAUCUUUGGCUGUCGAGUUUGCCGGUUUUGCUCGUGUGAACAGUGUUUCGCCAGGCUACACUGACACGCCGAUGUCGUCUUUCGUUCCUACUAAGCAGAGAGCCAAAUGGUGGGGUCUUACGCCUGAGGGUAGAGAAGCUUUGCCAGAAGAGUUGGUCGGCGCUUACCUCUAUUUGGCAAGCGACCUUUCUACAUUCACCACUGGCUCGGACAUUCGUGUUGAUGGUGGCUACACAUGUGUGUAG